CAUUCUAGUAUUAUGACUGUAUAGUAUAAUUUUGGUGCCAAGAUAAGCAUAGAUAUUGCUUAUCAUUCCUUAGUUGAACACUGCUAUGAGAGAGACGUGAAUAAAACUAAUUAUAAUAGUGAUUUUGUGAUAUUUGUAUAUUUAACUAGCAAUGCCGUUCACGAGGCACUUGGACGCGUCGUUCCCCCGCGUAUGGGACCGUUGGGAGGCAGACGGCACUAGCUGGACCAUAGAGGACCUGCCUCCUGGUGACGAGGACGAGGCGCUAGAUAUACUGCUGAAGUAUCAAUGUCCGGAAGAAAUUCUGUUGGUGUUAAAUAAUAUGCUUGGCGAUCCAGUAAGCUUAGAAACAUUAUGCCAAGUAUUUCGGUAUUUCUUCCAACAACGUCUCACCCUCGCUUGCUACGCACAGUCGGGCGGUGAUAAGAAACUAGUAGCGCUCAAUGUGUGCGGGGUGAAGAUCAAAGGAGAAGAACUAAAUUUUGAGUCUAAAGCAGAUAACUUCAUAAACCUAUUACAAACAUCAUUGUAUCUUGACGCAAAAGCAAAUAGUUUGGAGUAUUUGGAUAUAGAUAAGGCUCUAAUUGCUGUGGGACUUGUUGUGCGGAAAGAGUACAGAGGAGCUGGGCUUGGAUGCAAACUUCUGGCUGCGAGAAUGCCUCUAUGCAGAUUUCUCGGUAUUAAAGGUACUGCCACUACGUUCACCAGCAUACCGGCACAGAAAUCUGCAGCGCGCUGUGGCUUCACAACUAUAUUGGAGUUGACCAUCAGGGAACUAAGCGAAGCAGGAUUCAAUUAUCCGAAAGACGAUAAUAGAAUACUCAAAGUUAUGGUGAAUAAAUAUGAAUGACGCUAAAUUAUUAAUGUUAUUCUAUUGUAUUGUAAUUUUUUUAUUGUAUAUACUUCACAUUAGAUAUAUUAAAAAGAUUUAAUAAACAAUGAAGCUAAAAGAAAACUAAAAAAAACUCUAUCAUUCAAUAGAAGACAAAAAUUUUACAAUUAAAAUGAAACGUACCAUUCCAUAGCUAUGUAUAUUACAAAUUACAAUAAUAAAUAACUAAAUACACCUACAUAUAUAAAUAUAAACUUACACUGAACAUUUCUUGAAAUAGUUUGUAUCUAUUUAUAACAAGUUUACUACUAUAAUCUUUUGGAGGAUACAAUAAAGAGUAUCUGUCUAUUUACACACACACUCACGAACACACACACACACACACACACACACACGUGCGCACACACGCACGCACGCAUGCACACGCACGCACGCUUCACACAUGCACACAUGAUAUUAAAGGAAAUAGUAAUAGAUUAAUACUACCAUUAUGAAAUAUGUUUCCAACAGAUAAUUUUAUGGAAAUCUCAAGUUGAAAGUGAUUUAUUUUAUUUCUAACUAGCUUUAGCCGCAACGUUGUAAGCGUAGAAUAACUCUUAAAAUCAUAAAAACUGAAACGUUCUAUAGGUCUAUUUUAACUAUUACAGUAUUUUGUCACUCUUUCAAAUUGAGAAAUUAGUGCGAAAGAAAAGGACAAAACAGUUCAAUAGUUAAAAUAGGUUUUUGAGAAAUUUGACGUUUUCAUGAAUAAGAGGGUAGAUGAAUAAAAAGAAAACCAAGGAAA